AGUAAUAUCGGAAUUUUGGUAGUGGCAACAGUGAGUGAAAACUGAAAAGAGGAUUUAUACUCGAAUUAGGGUUUGCAUUGAAUGUUAGCACGGCUUUCUCUUAAUCAAAAUUCAAAGCAGCAAAGGAACUAAAAUCCAAGUGUAAGAAUGGGAAGCGAAGAGGAGAGUGCAGUGAAGGAGCCAUUGGACCUCAUCCGUCUCAGUCUGGACGAGCGCAUUUACGUCAAGCUCCGCCAUGACCGCGAGCUUCGCGGCAAGCUCCAUGCCUAUGAUCAGCAUUUGAAUAUGAUUCUUGGUGAUGUUGAAGAGAUAGUUACAUCAGUUGAAAUUGAUGAUGAAACGUAUGAAGAGAUUGUCCGGGUAUGCUUAAAUUUUAUGGAUUUUCUUCUGUUACUUUUUUCCUUCAAAUUUUUGUUUAUCAUUUUUAUCCAUGAGCAUAUAAGAGAGUAGCACCACUUGUUACCAUCAGUGUUGGCUUAGAACUUCAACAUUGCCUUGGAGCUAAUAGCCAGAUAAACGUAUUCCUUCACUUGUUGUGGCAAUCAGUUUAGAAGUAGAAUAUUUCGAUAAUGACUUAUCCUGGUCUGGCUCAUUUGAUUUGUGAACAACUUGUAGAUUUUUGUUGCUAACUUGAAAUUGAAG